AGUGUGGAAAAUGGCGAAGCGGAGGAUCACACAGGAAACCUUUGAUGCUGCUGUCAGGGAAAACAUGGAGGAGUUUGAGAUGGAUCCGUGUGAGGCUUUGAGGGAUGCUGUGGAGCAGUUUCAGUCUCAAGGUGUGGAUCUCAGUUGUAUAGUGCAAGCUGCGCCAGCUGUAUCAUUUGAUGGCAAACAAGAAGAGCAAACACAUGAAGUCUUACAGGCUUUGGAUUCCCUCCGAAUUGGAAAAGAUUCUGCCGGUGCAACGGAAGUGAUGGAAGACAUAAAACGCUUCACUGAGCAUUGCUCUCUUGGAUUUGCCCAGAGGUACCUGGCUGCCCAAAAAGACGCCUACCCCGUCAUCCUCUCUUACUGCAAAAAGAGUGUUGAGGACCAGGAAGCUGUGUUGACUACCCUGUCCGCUCUGGCUGCACUGACAGAUGGACAGCCAGACUUGUUGGAUGCAGAGGGCCAGCAGUUCCUUUUGCAUGUCCUUAGGAAGUACCAAGCAGACACCUCUGUGACGCGUGUAGCCAUCUGCGUAGUACGUCGCUGCUGUUUAAAACAUGAACAGAACAGGCAGGAUUUGGUAAAAGGCGGCAUCCUGCCUCUGUUGACCGGUGCCAUUAGACAACACAGCGCAUGUGCUGAGCUUGUCAAGGAGGCCUCUGCAGCUCUCAGGGUCAUGACCUUUGACGAUGAUGUCCGAGUUACGUUUGGGCAGGCUCAUGAACAUGCCAAGAGUAUUGUUCUCGAGCACAAUGGGCUGAAAAUUUUAAUUGAGGCUGCGAAAGCUCACCUUGAUAAUAGUUCUGUUCUGAGUGAGCUCUGUGCAACUUUGUCCCGUCUGGCUGUGAGGAACGAGUUCUGUCAAGACAUCUGUGAUCUAGGAGGACUGAAAUUCAUGAUGACGCUGCUUGCAGACAGCUAUGAGUCACCGGAUUUGGUUCGGCAGGUUCUAAGCGCAAUACGAGCCGUAGCAGGAAACGAUGAUGUGAAAGAUGCAGUCGUCAGUGCUGGUGGAGUCCAGCUCGUUGUCAUUGCUAUGAACAGACACAUGAGCAACUCUGCUGUGUGUGAGCAGGGCUGCGCAUGCCUGUCUGUCCUUGCUUUGCGCAAACCCAACAACUGCAAAGUCAUCAUGGAGAAUGGAGGUGCCUUGGCUGCUGUGCAGGCUAUGAAGGCACAUCCUCACGUGGUCAAUGUGCAGAAACAGGCGUGUAUGCUGAUGAGAAACCUGGUCUCACGUAUGAGUAACUACAGCCAACCAAUCUUGGAGAUGGGAGCAGAGGCCCUGAUAGCUCAGGCGCUAAAGACCCAUCAAGACUGUGAUGACGUGUAUAAAGCAGCCCUCAGAGAUCUUGGAUGCCAGGUGGAGCUUCGAGAGCUGUGGACCGGCAAACAUGGCAGUCUCACCAACUGAAAGUAGAGGAGAGCAGAGAGUUUUCCUGAAAUUCAUGUUUAAGCAAGGCGAAAUGUUAUGAUGUUGGGAUACAUAGCAACCAGCUGGACAUAUUUGUACAGAAUAGUUGUUGUAGAAAAGGCUUGUGAGCAGUGAAGACAACCAAGCCUCCAGUCAACACAGUCAACAUAACGCCCUUGAGUGGUUAAGUAUAUUUUUUUCCAGGCCGUUUUCUGCUGACAGAUACAGAAAGCUCACUGUAGUCCUGUUGUAAAUGUUUUGUAUGCAAGUAAUAUUUAGUUUACACAUUUUCUGAUGCUGAUUUUAUAUGUGUACCACAUUUAUGUUCAUGAGAUGUCAGAUGCAAAUUUGUAUGUUUGUUGCCAUGGGUAAAUAUAAAUGUAUUUGCUGCUAUGCAAAUAGUAUAACUCCACUGUUUUGUGCAGAUUAAUUUCCCAUGUUGGCAGAGCCGCCUUUUAACAUGUAAUGACUGCUUUAAACUUUUACCAUAGCUAAACAUUGCCUUUUUGUUUUUUAGUCUGUAUAUACAUUAUUACACAGUAAAUCUAAAAUCUGUGAUAUUGGAUGUAUGGCUAACAUUACACUGUAUAUUCUGCAUGAUUAUGAUAAACCUCACUUGAAGCACUUCA